AUGUCCACCUCAAUCUUCUUCAUCGCUUUCUUGGCCACUCCUCUAUUCGCUGGAAGUCUUCCCCCAGUGUCUCUCCCAUCAGUCACUCUUCCAACUGUUACCCCAAAGAUCCCAAUUCCGAAUGUGAAUGGGACUUGUAAAUGCCCGCUUAUUCCAGAUCUUCAAGUAUUGGAUUGUAUCUUGGAUUUCAUCAGCCAUGUGAACAUCUUGACCAAGACUGUGGAGACUGUGAAUGGAACGAAGUUCAACAAAUACACUCUUCAACACUUGGAGAUCCUUAAGGGCGGUCUCGAACUUCCCUCAGUCGUUCUCGUCCCAAUGGGUCCAUGUGGAUUGGAAUUGGAGGCCAAUGUCGAAUAUCUUCUCUCUGGAGUGUUGACCGAAACCCAUUCAUCUCAUUUCAGUGUCCUUCCCGGUCUUGAUGCUCUUGGUGGUUUGACUGGAGAUCUUGGUGGAGUUGGUGGACUCACUGGUGGUUUGGGUGGAUUGACUGGCGGACUUGGAGGUCUUACCGGAGUUGUUGGUGGACUCACCAAUGGAUUGGGACUUGGUGACUUGCUCGGUGGCUUG